AUGUCUUACCUGGCACCUAUCCUUGAAAUUGGUGGAGGCGGAGGUAGCGCCUUCAACUUUGAUGGCAUUGACUGUGGAGCAACACUGGAAAAGAUGGGUGUGUGGGCAGGAGGCUGGCAGAUAAAGGCCAUCAAGAUUUGGCUCACCAAUGGUCAGUCCAUGCAGUAUGGAAAUCCUGGUGAUGGGCCUUAUUCUGAAUACACAUUUAAACCAGGAGAACAUAUCACCUCUCUUUCACUGUGGGGGAACGGAGCUGGAACCCGUCUAGGUGCCAUCAAGUUUACGACAACUCUUGGCAAGACCUUUUUUCCACAGAUGACCUCAUGGGGCCUGAAACAUGAGUAUCCGAUUGAUAUCGGCUCUGGCAUCUGCAUGGGAGUCAUUGGACGCUCAAGCUCAGACAUCGACUGCUUAGGGUUCAUAUUCCUCAACAUCAUCAAGUCAACUGUCCUUACCAAUAUCAAUUAUCCCACCCUUCAUAACAUCAUUCCUCAGGUGGCUACUGAGGAGCUCAAAUCCAUGACUUACCAUAAUGACACCACUGUUGAUCAGCAGUAUACUCUAGAAACUACAAAGAAAAUCAUCAAAAAAUCCACCUGGUCUGUGUCCAACAAGAUAGAAUCGACCUUCAGCAUAUCAGUGAAAGCAGGAAUUCCAGGAGUGGAAGAAAUUGGGAGUGAAUUCAGCUACACAGUGGGAGUCGAAUCUACAUACUCUUUAGAGUAUUCCGAAGAAAACGAGGAGAAGUUUUCUUUUCCUGUCCACAUUCCUCAUGGAAAAACAUUGGAUGCGAAGAUGACCAUCGGCCGGGCUGUUGUAGAGCUUCCAUAUACUGGUACGGUGAAGAUCACCUGUCAUAAUGAUUUUGUGCUGAAGUUCAACAUCAGUGGAAUCUACAACGGCCUGACUUACACCACUGCAGAUAUACAUGUAAAAGAACAUCAUGAAGCCUAA